AUGUAUCAAGAAAAAACACGUACAACAACAACAACAACAACAACAACCAAAAAACCCGUGGUUGAUUCAUUCAUCAGUCGGAAAUUUACCUCUUCAAAUAAAAAUGAUCACACAUCCAAUAAAUCUUUAACUACUAAUAAUCAUCACAAACAAUCUAUUACUGUCAACAUCAAUAAUAAUGAUACAGAUGUCGAUACAGAUACAGAUUUAUUAUUUGAUGAUUUGAAAUUUAAUGUCCUGUCUGAAUCAAAU